AUGCUGGCACGGGGCCGGCGGCUCCUGCGCUGCUGGAAGCCGCUCUUCACCGGCCGCCUGCUGCUGCUGACCAACACGGCGAGCUGCGGCGCGCUGCUGGCGGCCGGCGACACGCUGCAGCAGGCCUGGCACCGCCGGCGGCACCCGGACACCCAGCCCCAGGUGGCCCGCACAGGCCGCAUGUUCGCCAUCGGCUGCAGCAUGGGCCCGCUGAUGCACUACUGGUACCUCUGGCUGGACGCUGCCUUCCCGGCGCGGGGCGUGCGGGGGCUGAAAACCGUCCUGAAGAAAGUCCUCAUCGACCAGCUGGUGGCAUCGCCCGCCCUGGGCACCUGGUACUUCCUCGGCAUGGGCACGCUGGAGGGCCAGUCCCUAGAGGAGAGCUGGGAGGAGCUGAAGGAGAAAUUUUGGGAGUUUUACAAGGCUGACUGGUGCGUCUGGCCGGCGGCUCAGCUCAUGAAUUUCCUCUUCGUUCCGCCCAAGUACCGGGUGGUUUACAUCAACGUGAUCACGCUGGGCUGGGACACCUACCUCUCCUACCUCAAGCACCGGCCUGGCGGCCCCCCGAGCACCAAGCACGACUCGCCGCGUGAGAACCGGCGCGACGUCGGGAUGUAAAGAGGCAGCCGCUCUUGGUGAUGCGAUGUUUUUGACGGCUCCUGCCCGCGGCGAGCGGUUUUCUGGGCAUCGCGGCUCAAUCCACCCAGCAAACGCGAUGGCCGGAGACCACCGCAACCGCCGUCUGCAGCUCACUGCGGCCUGUGCCGAUCUGAUUAACUCAGCUGCUGAGUGCGAUGAUGGGUUUGGCUGGUUUUAACGACUCUCGUGUCCCAGGCUAGCCUGUAAAGCUGAUUUCUUUUUGUAUUCUUCCACAGAGCCCGCGCUGCCGGGGUGGGGAGGAGCUGCCGCAGCUAUGCUUCGCCUCCAGCGCGCCGGGGAAGGUCCCCAGCGCUCUCGCCUCUGCUGCAGCCAGUUUUUUUUUUCCCUUCUCCGGGGCAAGGCUGGCCCCUUGCUCCCCUCCAACACCCUCCUCUGCUUUUCCGCAGAGCCAGCGCCUCGGGUCCCUGCCUUGCUCCCGCUUCGGCUGCUGGGCAGAGGGACGCUGCCCCUCUGCUCUGAGCGCAGCUCCUCAGCCCUUUCCCUGCUGCUUUUUUUGUCUUCGAGCUGAAGGGAGAAGUCACUCUGCUCUCCCCCCACCCGCUGCCUCGGCUCGUUUUCACUCCACCUUGCACCCACCUCCCCGGGGCCGCGCGUGGGUUCCGCUGGGCUGCAGCCACCCCAUUUUUAUAAAAAUAGCGGUGUGAUCGCCGCCGGCGGCUCUGACAGCGGCAGAGGCGACAGGGAGGCAGUUGGGGGUUUUUUAAGGCAAAAUUUUUGCAAGAUUUGGACCUCAGCUCCCCGCUCUUCCCAGCCCGCAGGUCCCCGGGCAAGCUGGACGCUCACUCCAUAACCUGGGAAGUUACUUAUUUCCAGCAUCGAUGAAAAAUUGCCUAAAUGUGAUUUUUCUAAAGCUUAAGGCUGUGCCUUACUUCCAGCUCUGUCCUCAUCCCUCCUACCACACACCCCCAAGGUGGGACCAUCCCUCCCCCCGCCAUUUGGUGAACGCUAAUUAAGAAAUGAGAUAAUUUUUGGUCCUCUCGGGCAAUGAGCUCGACAGCGCGGGGCCGAGGAGAGCGGAGGUUAUAGACACCGAGCAGAGGGCCCGUCCUGCCGCCUGCAACGACCCCGAGGAACCGGUGGAUCAGCAUUGAUUUAUUUCUUCACAACAUUUCUUUAAUACAGUGAUUUUUAGGAAAUUGUA